AUGGCUGAUGAUGGUGAAAAUACCUGUAUAAUUCUUACUUUACAGGUGACUGUAAUGACAGUAAAAGAACCACUAGAUUUGAUAAGACUUAGCCUAGAUGAAAGAAUAUAUGUGAAGAUGCGAAAUGAAAGAGAACUGAGAGGCAAACUUCAUGCUUAUGAUCAACAUUUAAAUAUGGUACUUGGAGAUGCAGAAGAAACUAUUACUACUGUAGAAAUUGAUGAGGAAACCUAUGAAGAAGUUUAUAGAACAACAAAGAGAAAUAUACCAAUGUUAUUUGUGAGGGGUGAUGGUGUCAUCUUAGUUUCACCUCCAGUUCGUGUUGGUGUGUAAUAUAAUAAGUCUUAAAUAACUGAUAAUAAAACAUA